CGUCUUUUAAUUGCAAUAUAAAGUGAUUGCUGUGAUUUAAUUUUGUCCCUAAGUCCCCCAUCCAUACCAUAUAACAAUUGUACUCCUUGCCGCACAAUUAUAAAGUUGUCGGCGAGGAGAAUUAAAGUAUGGGUGGAGGUGACGAAAAGGGUCACCCCGAAAAAUGUAGUAGUGAUGUUGAUGCUAGACAGAAGGCAAUUGAUGAUUGGCUUCCCAUAACAGCCUCGAGAAACGCCAAAUGGUGGUAUUCAGCUUUCCACAAUCUCACGGCCAUGGUUGGUGCCGGUGUUCUCAGUCUUCCAUAUGCAAUGUCCAAUAUGGGCUGGGGUCCUGGCAUUGUCAUUCUUGUACUAUCAUGGGUCAUUACAUUGUACACCCUAUGGCAAAUGGUUGAAAUGCAUGAAAUGGUUCCUGGAAAGAGAUUUGAUAGGUAUCAUGAGUUGGGUCAAGAAGCCUUUGGAGAGAAAUUGGGUCUCUGGAUUGUGGUUCCACAACAAGUUGUUGUUGAUGUUGGCACAUGCAUUGUUUACAUGGUUACCGGUGGUAAAUCAUUGAAGAAGGUUCAUGAUACUCUUUGCCCUGAUUGCAAAGAGAUUAGGACCUCUUAUUGGAUCAUUAUUUUUGCUUCUGUCAACUUUGUUCUUGCUCAGUCUCCUGACUUCAACUCCAUUUCUGCCAUAUCUUUUAGUGCAGCUGCCAUGUCUUUAACGUACUCAACCAUAGCAUGGACUGCUUCAGUUAAGAAAGGGGUGGUACCAAAUGUAGACUAUGGUCCAAGAUCAACUAGCACCUCUGAUAACGUAUUCAACUUCCUAUCUGCAUUGGGAGAUGUAGCAUUUGCUUAUGCAGGUCACAAUGUGGUUCUAGAAAUCCAAGCAACUAUGCCUUCAACCCCUGAGGUUCCUUCAAAGAAACCCAUGUGGAGAGGAGUUAUUUUUGCAUACAUAGGAGUUGCCUUCUGCUACUUCCCUGUUGCAGUUAUUGGAUACUAUAUGUUUGGAAACUCUGUUGAUGAUAACAUUCUCAUCACACUCAAACACCCUACUUGGCUCAUCGCCGCGGCUAACUUCUUUGUUGUUAUCCACGUUAUUGGAGGCUAUCAGGUAUUUGCAAUGCCAGUGUUUGACAUGCUUGAAACCGUCUUGGUUAAGGAAUUAGAUUUUGCACCUACUUUUAGUCUCCGACUAAUAGUUCGCACUAUUUAUGUUGCAUUGACAAUGUUCACUGGCAUAUGCAUCCCAUUCUUUGGUUCUCUUCUAGGAUUUUUAGGAGGAUUUGCCUUUGCCCCAACAACUUACUUUUUGCCUUGUGUCAUUUGGCUUAAACUCAAGAAACCCAAGAAAUUUGGUUUGUCUUGGAUAAUUAACUGGGUAUGCAUUGUUCUUGGGGUCAUAUUAAUGACACUAUCCCCAAUUGGUGCUAUGAGGAAUAUCAUCUUACAAGCCAAGGACUACAAGUUCUUCUCAUAAAUUAACAACGGAAACAAACAUUGAGUUCACUCUAGCUGGCUUUAAAGUUAACGGGUGAAACUAAGUAACGAGAUAUCUAGUUCUAUACUCAUUCAGCUAGUGAAUAUAAGAUAAAGUUUCGUCAAUAAAAAUUAAUGUAUUUAUCUAAAUUAUAAAUCAAAUACAUUCAUAUUUGUUGAACAACUUUAAUUUA